UCCGGACUCUCGCACACAACUUCGCACAGUUCUUCUGCUAGACUCAGUUGCUGUCACAAAGUCGCCAACAAAUAUUUUCGGGAAUGCUGACUACCUCUGAAAGCAUGGAUUUGACACAGCAAAGUAGCCAUAGGCCUGGCGUAAUUCAGUUUAAGCAAUUUUUAAAGUGAUUAACUUCGUUGCGGAACAAGAGGAAUUGUAAUGCAAUCGACCGCUGAAAAUGCCAUGUAAUCGAGAUGUGAUUUGAUAGCUGCUAGUGUGGGAAUUCUGAACUAGUAAUUACCGAAUGAGAUACUCAUUCUUAAAGCUGGGAAAUACGUAGAUACGAAAGAAAGUAAAAUAAAAACAAAUCAUCGCAGGGUGAUCUCCACUGAAAGUCAAUAUUGUUUUCAUAACGUUGAGCCGAGUCAUCACGAGAGACUAGAAGUACUGCAGUAGUGUUCAUUACAGUAUUCUUAUCGGGACGUUAUUAUUUAGACAAAUUUUGUCAGUGUUGUUUGUGAGGACACUGACACAAUAUAGAUAAACGAUUCUUGCCUACCAGCUUCUCUGAAGAUAAGCUGUUGGGCAGUAGCGGUAUAAUAUUGACUGCAUCAGGAAGAAAAACACCAACGGGGGACGUACCGUAGCAGAAAACUCGCAUUAGAUGCUAGUAUUAACGAUUUAAUUACUACGAUUAGCACUUUUGUGUCUAGAAGCAAUAAAAUUAGAAAAUGCCAGUACGAGGUAGAUUUGGCCCAUUGGUUGGGGCAAUAGACGAAGGAACAAGCAGCGCCCGUUUUCUGGUGUUUUCUGCGCGGACUGCAGAAGUUCUAACGUAUCACCAGAUCCGUAUAGCACAAGACUGCCCUCGUGAGGGAUGGGUUGAACAGGAUCCAGUAGCAAUUUUAUCUGCAGUGAAGGAAUGUAUAAAUGAGACUGUAGAGAAUCUGAAAAAGCUGGACAUUGAUCCUGCCGACAUUGUGGCCAUUGGAAUAACAAAUCAGAGGGAGACAACCAUAGUAUGGGACCCAAAAACUGGAAAGCCUUUGUACAAUGCAAUAGUCUGGCUUGAUGUAAGAAAUACAGAGACAGUUGAUGACUUAUUAAAAAAUGUACGUGACAGGAAUCAAGACUACUUCAAACCGUUGUGUGGGCUUCCAGUAAGCACUUAUUUCAGUGCUCUGAAACUGAAAUGGAUGAUGGACAAUGUUCCUGAAGUACGAGAGGCAGUUAAGAAUAAGUCAUGUUUAUUUGGCACUGUGGACACUUGGCUCAUAUGGAAUCUUACAGGAGGGCCUAACGGUGGUCUUCACAUAACUGAUGUUACCAAUGCCUCAAGGACAAUGUUAAUGAAUAUUCGCACACUGCAGUGGGACAACACUCUUUGCAAAUUUUUUGGUAUACCAAAAGAAAUCUUGCCUGAAAUCAGAAGUUCUUCAGAAAUUUAUGGAUACAUUGCUGCUUCCCCUUUGGAAGGAGUGCCUAUUUCAGGGUGUCUCGGUGACCAGCAGUCUGCUCUUGUUGGUCAAAUGUGUUUACAUCAAGGUCAAGCCAAGAACACUUAUGGAACCGGAUGCUUCUUACUGUAUAAUACAGGAACAGCUGUAGUGCACUCAAGUCAUGGCCUUUUGACAACUGUAGCAUAUCGCAUGGGAAAAAAUACUCCUCCAGUUUAUGCCCUGGAAGGCGCCAUUGCCAUUGCAGGUGUUGCAUUUAGUUGGCUGAAAGAUAACAUUGGUAUUUUGAAAGAUAUUGCUGAGUCCGAGAAUAUGAUUAAAGAAAUGACAGCUCAUCGUGAAGUUUAUUUUGUUCCAGCAUUCUCUGGACUUUAUGCUCCAUAUUGGCGAAAGGAUGCUCGCAGUGUUAUAUGUGGCCUGUCAGAAGAAACAACUAAAGCAGAUAUUGUGAAGGCUGCUAUGGAAGCAGUAUGCUUUCAGACACGAGACAUCUUAAAUGCUAUGAAUAAAGAUUGUGGAAUUCCACUAACAAGACUUCUUGUGGAUGGUGGUUUAACUGUAAAUGAUACAAUUAUGCAGCUGCAGGCAGAUUUGUGUGGAAUCCCAGUUGUCAGACCACUGAUGACUGAGGCAACUGCUUUAGGAGCUGCUAUAGCUGCUGGAAGUGCAGAAGGGAUAGAAGUAUGGGAUUUGCAUGAGGUUCAGUCUGUUCCCAGUGAUGUGUUCAAGCCAUCAAUAUCAGAGGAUGAGCGUGAUAUGAGGUACUCGAGAUGGAAGAUGGCUAUAGAGAGAAGUCUAAACUGGGAACCAGAGGCUGUUGAAAAGGAAAUAGAUAAGGAACACUGCAUUCGGUCGUCGAUACCAGUUGGCCUGUUUGUUGUUUCUGCAUUUUGUCUCUUGCUAAUUGCCAGACAAUUAAAAAAAUGAAUAAAAUUGAAAAUGUUAGAUCAAAAUUUAUAAAUAAUGCAGAACAGUAUUCAAGUAUCUGUACAAUGAAACGAUGUUGUGGAUGACAUUUUGUGGUUUCAUUAAUGUGGCCUGCUCGUUCUGGCCGGCUCACGUACUUGUUGACUUCUUGUGCUCCAAAAGUUAUAGCUCAGGGCUGUUGUACUUACUGAAGAAUAUAAUAUUUUUGUAAUAUAUAAUUUGAAGAAGAAAUGUUAAAAGACGUGUAAUUGCUGUUUAUUUGUCAGGUUAAUGAGAUUGAUGUCUGCCAAAUAUCGACAAUAUCAGGUGAAUCACAUUUGUAUUAGAAAUGAAACUGAUAUAUUUGGAGAGUAUUGUAAUGUUUUUAAUGGUGAUUGUGGUGGAGUACUUUGUGGUGAACUGUAAUUGUAGUUCUUUUUAAUUGUUGGUUGUUGGGCACAUGCUUAUUGUUCCUUCAAACAUAAGUGGGGCACAUGCUUAUUGUUCCUUCAAACAUAAGUGGAGUUAUUAUUUUCAGUAAUAUUACUCACGUACUUAUAUGGCUGGUUGUGAUUAAGUGUGACAUAUUGAAGGAGAAUAGCCAUAUUGAUUUUUGGUAUCUAUCAUAUAGUACAAAUUAUGAAUAUUUUCCUCUUGCAAGUGUUUGUAGGAAAAGCCAUUUUCCUUUUUUAAAUAUGAACUUUUUUCAAAGAUUUUGUGUGUGUUUCUGUGACUGACUAUGCUGCAGACGUGUGUGUGUGUGUGUGUGUGUGUGUGUGUGUGUGUGUGUGUGUGUGUGUGUUUUGGUGAGAAUGUAUGCCAUUAGUAAAAUAAUAAUUUUCUUGAUCAGUAUUAAAAAACAGUGUUAUCGAUAUUCAUUUUACUCCCUCCUAACUAGAAAACUAAAUAUCAAGAUUUGACUCUAAAUCAAGUGACAGAGGGAGCAAAACAUACUCACUGACACAAGCACAAGUCAAUGCAAAUGCUUUUACUACUUUCUUUUUUCUAGAAGGCUAAAAUUGAUUAGAUGAUGUAUACAUUGGUGUAGCUGUCAAACAUCUUCUUUCAUGUGAACAUCAGAGAAAAAGUAUGUUUUCACUGUGGAACUUUUGUGGAGGCAUUUUAAAACUGAUAUAAGCUCUCUGAUUAUCAUUAUACUUUUGCCACUGAUUGCUUCAUCUGUCACAUGUAUACAUCUGUUCA